AAAUGCUCUGCGCGCUCUCGUCGGCAUUUUUGUAUUUGUCCCCGUCUUGCUGCUGACUGAAAAGUCUUGAAGUAGUGCCUUAAAUUCCAAGUCGUGUGCAAAAUUUUGUAGUUGAUAGCUCCAGUUGAAUGCUGGCCUAGAAAGUGAUAAAAAAAAAGUUAGACAUAGAGAAACUCAGGACUGAUCACUGACCCACAAGCCAUUGCAGCAUCAAGAUGUCGUUCCGCGUGGUACGCAGCUCCAAAUUCCGCCACGUCUAUGGACAGGCCCUGAAACGGGAACAGUGCUACGACAACAUACGCGUCUCUAAGUCCAGCUGGGACUCGACAUUCUGCGCGGUGAACCCCAAGUUCCUGGCCAUCAUUGUGGAGUCGGCGGGUGGCGGUGCCUUCAUCGUCUUGCCGCACAACAAAGUUGGGCGCAUAGCGGCGGACCAUCCGCUAGUGGGCGGUCACAAAGGCCCCGUUCUGGACAUCGCCUGGUGUCCGCACAACGACAAUGUGAUCGCUUCCGGCUCAGAGGACUGUGUGGUCAAGGUGUGGCAGAUACCCGAUGGCGGACUCUCCCGUACACUCACCGAACCCGUCGUUGACCUGGUGUUCCACCAGCGCCGUGUCGGUCUGGUGCUGUGGCAUCCCUCGGCCCUCAAUGUGCUCCUAACCGCCGGCUCGGAUAACCAGGUCGUUAUCUGGAAUGUGGGCACUGGCGAGAUUCUUGUGCACAUCGACUCCCAUCCGGAUAUUGUCUACAGUGCCUGUUUCAACUGGGAUGGCGCUAAGUUGGUCACCACCUGCAAGGACAAGAAGAUUCGCAUCUAUGACCCCCGCACAGGCGAGCUUGAGAGCGAGGCAAUGUGUCACGAAGGCUCAAAGGCCACGCGGGCCAUCUUCCUGCGGCACGGCCUGAUCUUUACCACGGGCUUCAACCGAAGCUCUGAGCGUCAAUACUCCCUCCGCGCUCCGGAUGCGCUCAACGAGCCCAUCGUAAUGGUGGAACUGGACACUUCCAACGGCGUAAUGUUCCCGCUCUACGAUGCGGACACGAACCUGAUCUACCUGUGCGGCAAGGGUGACUCGGUCAUUCGGUACUUUGAGGUCACACCCGAGCCACCAUUCGUGCACUACAUCAACACUUUUCAGACCACAGAACCACAGCGUGGUAUUGGCUUGAUGCCCAAGCGCGGCUGCGACGUCACCACAUGCGAAGUUGCAAAGUUCUAUCGAAUGAACAACAACGGUCUGUGCCAGGUUAUAUCGAUGACAGUGCCGCGCAAAUCGGAUCUCUUCCAGGAGGAUCUCUAUCCCGAUACGCUGGCCGAGGACGCUGCCAUUAGCGCUGAGGAGUGGAUUGACGGCAAGGACGCGGAUCCCAUCACAUUCUCUCUCAAAGAUCGUGUUUCCAUUGUACAGGGUGGCUACGUCUCGUCGUCGGCAAGCAAGUCUUUGUCGGUGAACAAGAAGGUCAACAUUCUCAACAAGCCCAGAGGUGGCGGCGGCGGUAGUUCGGGAGCAGCGAGCAGUAGUGCGGGAGGCGGCAGCUACAGUUCGUCGGCGAACAACAACGAGGCUAGCGAUGCCGGCCCGCCGGCAGCCGUCUUGUCGGAAAAGGACCUGCGCAGCAUUCAGGACGAGAUACGGAAACUGAAGGCGAUAAUCGUGAAGCAGGAGAACCGCAUUCGCGCUUUGGAGGCCAAGGUCAAUGCCGGAAAUGGCGACGAAACGGACGCCCGCAACAAAAACGGAAGCGGCAGUGGAUCAUCCGCGGCAGCCUCCAACGUCGCCUCUGACAGCAAAGCCAGCGAAAGUGCCAAUGACCAUGUGUCUACGUCAGCAGCAACGGCAGCGGCACAGGAAGCGGACUAGGCCUUGGGUUACCAAGACUAGGACAGGACUGUAGGAGAGAUAAAACUGCUUGUAGAAGCUCGUCGUUACCGCUUUGUUUCUCUAAAGCGCGGAGGGAGAGUUGGAGGAUGAAAUGAGAGGAGUUAUUGUCUAUAUUGUCUAUUAUGAUUAUGGUUUCGAUUAUUUAUUUUGUAUAAUUUAAUAUUAGGACCUUAGCGAGCGAAAUCAGUGGAGCGCGCGGCACAGAUAGGGUUAGAGCAAACCAAAUCGAUCAUCAAAUCAAUCACCAGCGAAUGCGGAGCUAAAACAGUUAACAUAACUAACAUAACAUCCUGCCAAAAAUAUAUAAAAUUCUAACGAACUACCUUCGAGACGCGCCCAACAUCAAGCUGAACCAAGGGCAGAUCGGAUAAAGGGGCCCUUCGGUCAUCUUGUUGCCACGCAAGUGUAAAAUUGUUGUAACUUAACAAAGGCAAAGCAUAGACUUAACCUCAAGCCUCUACGUUAACCUUUUCCGAUCAAUUUUUGUACAAGCCCCCCUCUAUAAAAAUCCUGUAUAUUUGUAACGCCCACAAAGCGAAAGCUAACAUGACAAUAGCCGUUAGAUUCGAUGAUGUCCAUCCUAGCCCAGGUCCCGUACCAUCGUCGCCUGUAUUCAUUAUGAAUUUAGUUACAAAAUGAUGGGGCCGUCGGACGCCAUUCGUUUUUGUAUUCAAAAUUUUUCGUCCUUCGUU